CAUCAGUCAACAUUUCCAAGCUCCAUGAGUGGAGGGAAUGUAGAUGCAAUUUAGAUCAAAUGUAGCUUCAAGAAGAGGAAUCUUGAACUUGAGCAAUAUUAUAAAUGUGCACUGCACUAUGUUAAGUAGUAAAAUGCUGUGCUCUGUCUGUCUCUCUCCCUCUAUCUUUCUAGUGCUGAAUACUGUGAUAUACUCUGGACAUGCUCAAAUUAAUGCCUCUCUGAGCAUCAGUCCUGACAGAUCUCAGUUCUUUGAAUAUGAGUCUGUCUCUCUGAGCUGUGAGGUUCAGAGGGGCUCUACUGGAUGGAGAGUGGUGAGGAACACACUGAAAGGAGGGACUGAAGAGUGUCCCACUGACUGGGGAUUUUUUAAAGGGUCUUCAUGCACCAUAUCAGCAGUACCAUCUGACAGUGGAGUGUACUGGUGUGAGUCUGGGUCUGGAGAACACAGCAAUGCUGUUAACAUCACAGUACAUGAUGGGGCUGUGAUCCUGGAGAGCCCUGCCAUUCCUGUGACUGAGGGAUACUUUGUGACUCUGCGCUGCGUACAUGAAGAUAAGAAAACGAAGAAAACAUCCUCAAACUUCAGAGCUGAUUUCCAUAAUGAUGGAUCCCUCAUCAUGACCAACACUACAGGGGAGAUGACCAUCCCUGCAGUAUCCAAGUCAGAUGAAGGGCUCUACAAGUGUAACAACCCUAAAGGAGAAUCACCAGAGAGCUGGAUGACUGUGACAGUUCCAUCUUCAGCUCCAGGGCCAGACCCAUCUCCAGCAGUCCCAGUGUGGUCCAUCUCUCUGCCCAGGCUGCUGUGUAGUCUACUAGUAGUGUCUCCUUACCUGCUGGUGACCAUCAUACUGGUAGUGAAAUGCAACAGCCGCAGAAGCAUGGCUCGAGCUCAAUCUGAUGAAGAGAAGAAAAGAUGUACUGUCAUCACAUAAUCAGGAUGGAAUGUUACGCAACAACACACUUUAUGGGAACCAUGUUAAUAUGGUAACAUCGGUGAACAUUGUUAAAGAGAAGAGUAACCAUGUUAUUGUUGUUGUGUUGGAGUACACACACUACUGUAGGCCCAUGUUCUGAGUCUGUGUCAUGCUCCAUGUAGCAUUGCAAGGUUGUGUUGUGUUACAGGUCGGAGGGAGGGAGGGAGGGAGAGAUAGAGAAAGAAAGAGAAGCCUGACUGAAGGAUGGGGGAGAGAAGAAGACCCCCCCCCCACACACACACACACAAACACACACAUACACUGUUAACACACACUUGUUUAUCAGAAUAGAGGAUGUGCUGCUGUGUGGCUGGUUGCAUAUGAGCAUAUGCUGUGGUUAACCACUUUCUCUGUCCUUCUGUCUUCUGCUGCCUCCCUGCUCUACAUGCUUCACUGCCAAAGCUGUAGCGGGCUAAAAAGCUACCGGUAAGUUCAAGCUGGACCACAAACAUCAACAAGUAAAAAAAUAUAUUUUUGUGUGAAGUUUCCAGAACUGUGGUUAGAACAGACUAACUUCCCUCAGUAUUUACUGCACUCGUCAAUGUGUCACUGGUACAGGGAGACUUGUCAUAUUAUGCCCCUGUUGAAUGUCUUAAAGGUUUGCAGGUGUUUUUUAAAUGGAUAUUUUAGAACUGAUAACCAAUAGCAGGCGUCAGGCUUAUUGUGUCCAUGCUUUCCACAGCCUGAGGAAAUGUAUCUGAUCAUUUUACUGUUCACAGAUGUACAAUGUAAUAUGUUUCUAUUUUUGUUUAAAAAACAAUGGGAUUUAUAAACAAAUCAUCUGGGCUCCCGAAAGGACUGAUCUCUGUAAUAUAUUAAUAGCUUUUGGAAAGCGUAUAUUCUAAGCUAACCAUUAAAAAAAUAUGGUCCACAGAUCUAAGUGAAUCUGAACAAUUUUUUAAUGUGAACAGAAUAUAGAAAAAUAUGACCUUGGCAUCCAAACCAUCAAUUUAUACAUUUUAAGUUUGUUCACAGACUGUAUUUACCAACAAUUUUUUUUUAUUUUUAUUAAACUGGCCCCAACUCCUGUUCAUUGUGUCCCCUAAAUCAGGUAGGCACAUUCCUUAUGAUGUGUAAGUGCCCUGAGUUAAUGCUUCUGGAACAAAGUUAAAACAUUUAUUUCGAAGUGCAUGAAUGUAAAUAUUCAAUGCAUUGCAUCUACUUAAUUACUUAACGAAGAUAGCUACUUGAAUCUCUCAAUCAAUCAGAGACAAUUACUGCUGGCAGGCAGCACUGCCAAAAUAUAUAUAUAUAUUGGCUCUUCGAUGGCAUCACCUCACUCUCUCCCAUUUAACCAGUGGAUUCAGUUACACAUAGAAGUUAUAACAUUAGACUAUUGACAGAGAGAAUGAAUGGUGCAAGUCAAGGAACAUUUGAGGCCUGGACAAGUAUACUUUGUAAAGAAUAAUCUCAGCUAAAGCCAACAAAUACAUAUACAGUUGAAGUCGGAAGUUUACAUACACUUAGGUUGGCAUCAUUAAAACUUGUUUUUCAACCACUCCACAAAUGUAUUGUUAACAAACUAUAGUUUUGGCAAGUCGGUUAGGACAUCUACUUUGUGCAUGACACAAGUAAUUUUUCCAACAAUUGUUUACAGACAGAUUAUUUCACUUAUAAUUCACUGUAUCACAAUUCCAGUGGGUCAGAAGUUUACAUACACUAAGUUGACUGUGCAUAUAACCAGUUUGGAAAAUUCCAGAAAAUGAAGCUUCUGCAAGGCUAAUUGGCAUCAUUUGAGUCAAUCGGAGGUAUACCUGUGGAUGUAUUUCAAGGCCAUCCUUAAAACUCAGUGCCCCUUUGCUUGACAUCAUGGGAAAACCAAAAGAAAUCAGCCAAGACCUCAGAUUGUAGACCUCCACAAGUCUGGUUAAUUCUUGGGAGCAAUUUCCAAAUGCCUGAAGUUACCACGUUCAUCUGUACAAACAAUAGUACGACCACACAGCCGUCAUACCGCUCAGGAAGGAGACGCGUUCUGUCUCCUAGAGAUGAACGUACUUUGGUGCGAAAAAUGCAAAUCAAUCCAGAACAACAGCAAAGGACCUUGUGAAGAUGCUGGAGGAAACAGGUACAAAAGUGUGAUACAGUGAAUGAUAAGUGAAAGUGAAUGAUAAGUGAAAUAAUCUGUCUGUAAACAAUUGUUGGAAAAAUGACUUGUGUCAUGCACAAAGUAAAUGUCCUAACCGACUUUGCAAAACUAUAGUUUGUUAACAAGACAUUUGUGGAGUGGUUGAAAAACAAGUUUUAAUGACUCCAACCUAUGUGUAUGUAAACUUCCAACUUCAACUGUAUUUUCAUAAUUGAUACUUUUUAGCUUUCUUUGGAUGGAGACAUGUUGGAUGGGUGGGGUUGGGGGAAUGGGAUGGGACAUUGUGGGUGGAGGCUCACUUCCUUUUGGUUAUUUUCCCUUACGUACUAAAUCUAUUAUAACGUUUUAGCUCUUUAAUGAUCAAAAUUACCAGUACUUUGUACACUGAACAAAAAUAUAAAUUUAACAUGCAACAAUUUCAAAGAUUUUACUGAGUUACAGUUCAUAUAAGGAAAUCAGUUCAUUUAAAUAAAUUCAUUAGGCCCUAAUCUAUGGAUUUCACAUGACUGGGAAUACAGAUAUGCAUCUGUUGGUUAAAGAUACCUUAAAAAAUGUAGGGGUGUGGAUCAGAAAACCAGUCAGUAUCUGGUGUGCACAGACUGUUUUCUCUGCUACUGCACGGCAAGCGGUACAGGAGCGCCAAAUCUAUGUCCAAGAGGCUUCUAAACAGCUUCUACCCCCAAGCCAUAAGAACAUCUAAUCAAAUGGCUACCCAGAUUAUUUGCAUUGCCCCCCUUUUCUACAGUGCUGCUACUCUCUGUUAUUAUCUAUGCAUAAUCACUUUAAUAAGUCUACCUACAUAUUACCCCAAUUACCUCGACUAACCGGUGCCCCCACACAUUGACUCUGUACCGGUACCCUCUGUAUAUAUCCUCGCUGUUGUUAUUUUACUGCUGCUCAUUAAUUAUUUGUUACUUUUAUUUGUAACUUUUUGAAGGUAUUUUCUUCAAACUGCAUUGUUGGUUCAGGGCUUGUAAGUCAGCAUUUCACUGUAAGGUCUACCUACACCUGUUGCAUUCGGGCAUGUGACAAAUAACAUUUGAUUUGAUAGAGUUCAUCAGGCUGUUGAUUGUGUCCUGUGGAAGGUUGUACCACUCGUUAUUCAAUAGCUGUGCGAAGUUGCUGGAUAUUGGCAGGAACUGGAACACGCUGUCAUACACGGCGAUCCAGAGCAUCCCACACCUGCUCAUUGGGUGACAUGUCUGGUGAGUAUGCAGGCCAUGGAAGAACUGGCACAUUUUCAGCUUUGUUUCAGAACAUUAAAUCCUCUGGCAAUUCAAUUGCACACUCCCUCAAAACUUGAGACAUCUGUGAUAUUGUGUUGUGUGACAAAACUGCACAUUUUAGAGUGACCUUUUAUUGUCCCAAGCACAAGGUGUAAUGAUAAUGCUGUUUAAUCAGCUUCUUGAUAUACCACACCUGUCAGGUGGAUGGUUUAUCUUGGCAAAUGAGAAAUGUUCACUAACAGGGAUGUAAACUAAUUAUGUGCACACAAUUUGAGAGAAAUACAUUUUUUUGUGCAUAUGGAACAUUUCUUGGAUCUUUUAUUUCAUAUCAUGAAACAUGGGACCAACACUUUACAUGUUGCGUUUUUAUUUUUGUUCAGUGUAUUUAUGUACAGUACCUUCAAAAAAAGUUUACAGGUACAUAUAUGUGGAAAAUACCAAAUGGAAAAUAAUAAAUGGAAACUGAAUUAACUGAA